AUGCGUUACUACGAACAAAAAUACCCGGAGGUAGAUGAGCUGGUGAUGGUGCAGGUGCGGCAGAUUGCCGAGAUGGGCGCGUAUGUCAAGCUGCUCGAGUACGACGGUAUCGAGGGCAUGAUCUUGCUUUCUGAGCUCUCACGUCGUCGUAUACGCUCUAUCCAAAAACUCAUCCGUGUGGGUCGUAAUGAGGUCGUGGUCGUACUUCGUGUGGACAAGGAGAAGGGUUACAUCGACUUGUCAAAGCGCCGUGUCUCACCAGAAGAUAUCACAAAAUGCGAAGAGCGAUACAUGAAGUCCAAAACCGUCUCUUCCAUUCUUCGGCACGUCGCAUCGCGUCUGCCCACCUACGACCCGGACGCGGAGGCAUCGAAGGAGAAGGCCGCUCCGGCACCCGCCGAGAAGGAGGAGCACAAAGAGGAUGAGGAGGAUGAGGGCCCUCACGUGGUGCCGGGUUCGAGCGAGGAGGAGCGCCUAGAGCAACUCUACGACACGAUCGGCUGGCCAUUAAGUCGGAAGUACGGCCACCCGUACGACGCAUUCAAGCUUGCGUUGACCGAGCCUGAUGCUGUAUUCGCUUCGCUGCCAAACCCUGUACCCGACGCGACGCGUUCGCUGCUCAUGGCCACGAUCGCGAGGCGUUUGACGCCCCAGCCGAUCAAGCUGCGUGCGGAUAUCGAGUUGACGUGUUAUACCACCGCCGGGAUCGACGCCAUCAAGAAGGCGCUUCGGGCAGGUGAGUCUGCGAGUACCGAGGCCGUGCCAAUCAAGGCAAAGCUUGUUGCGCCGCCGCUCUACGUUCUUAGCACGAACGCGACGGAUAAGUACGCUGCUGUUGACCGCCUGGAGCGGGCCAUCGAGGUCAUUCAGACGACAAUAGAGCAGGACGGAGGUUCGCUCGUCAUCAAGAUGAAGCCAAAAGCCGUCUCCGACACGGAAGAGCAGGAUCUCGCCCAACUUAUGGCCAAGGCCAGCCGCGAAAACGCCGAGGUAUCAGGCGACGAAGAGGAGGAGGCGAUCGAAGCCUAA